GGACUAGUCCUGGUUUAACAGACACUGACAGAUCAAACGAAAACAAAAUGAACUCGUCCGAGGUUAGGGCAAAGGCUGAAUGCUAAUCUCCUUGCACUUUUUUGCAUGGAUCAGUGGGUAUAUAUUUCUCCGCUGUUAACUGAACAUUAUUCUGACUUACAAAACACUAUUUAGUUAUUGUUUUAUGUAUUCACAAGAGCUUGAUUUAAAUUAAAACCAAGAAUAUUUUUUUACGGUUGCAAUUUAGUAUUCAAAUUAUAAUACUUGAGCGCAAGGAUUCACUUUAUUUACAUGAACUGUGCGGCUCAGCUAAUCCUCUUAGGAUUGGCUUUAUCUUAGGAAGGUUAGGAUAGGCGGUGGACGACAGUACCGUUAGCGGGCAGCACAAUGGAAAUAGGCCACAAUGGAUGGAUUCAACGCUCUUGAUGAGCACGAAGCAAAGUAUAGUCUGCAUUAUAUUCAUUGUCGUUAUUGCUUAUCAAGAAAUGUAAAACAAAGGAUAAUCCAUUGUUCCAAACAUCGUCUGCUUGUUGCGAGGAUUUGAUCCAUUACUAGCCUCUCGAGGGGUUCAUCUGCUGGCGAGUACUACACAUAACACAGAUUCUUAUCUCGAUCUAAUAUUACUUGGAAUUUCACGCAGAUCGUGUGCACGGCGGGACCUGGGCUACUCACGCUUGAUUUUUACACGACAUAUUCUUUCAUAAAUCGCAUAGAUGGAAAUGGAAUUGUUUUCUAAAACCACAUGGAGUUCAAACAACGGUGCCAGACACGACUCAUUCACCGGCCCGUCAACACACACAUGUCAUAUGGACGAUGAGGAAAUAUUGGAUAUUUCUAACGAUGUUGACCUGUGUCGGACGACGGAGAGAAACUUGUUGAAACACGACGACGCCCGUCAAGAUUUCGCCUCGCUAAAAGACAUCAGCGCGCGGCACGGCUGCGACAUUAGCGGCACUCAGGCCAGGCUCAGCAGUUGCGACACCCCCAGCGCCCUGGAAGCAAGCAGCGACAGCAAGAGUGAUAGCGACGACGAGCCUGAGCCUCCCUCGUACCAGAGCAACGACCCCGUAGGACAACGAACUCGCCACGACGAAGGCCCCAACAUUAACGAAAUCUCCGAAGACGAUAUCGACGACAUAGACGCGGAGGAGGAGCCGCUUGUUGUGAACAUUCCUGCCUGCGAUGAAAGCAGGUCAGAGUCUGGUGGAAAUCUUCCUCCUCCUCUGACAAUACCCCGAGUGACGCUGUCUUGUUCCUCGCCACCACCCAGAUUAGGGUCCCCUACUUGUCCUGCAAAGAUGACUAAGGCUGCGGAGAUCUCCUCAUCCGAAAGCAGCUCCCCGCUUCCUCCUUGCAAGACUCAGAGACAGACGCUGACAAUCAUUCCAGAGCCACAGUCUCCACAGAAGUCUCAAAGUUCGAAGGUCGUCAGUAACAAUUGCCGGUCACUUCCUAUACACUGCCUAGUAGAGCAAAGUGCAGCAGUUGAUGAGAAUAAUGCAGAGUCAACAUCUGCCCACUGUCAACUUUUAAUGGACUCCUAUGCCAUCCUACCAGGCCUAACACCAUUCUCUGAUAUUGUCCAGGCCUCUUUGACCAGAUUGGGUUACUCAUGUCAAGAAGCUGCUGGGGCUAAAGGCUGCCUGCAGCUAAAGAAUUGGAAGACCUUGAGCUUCUCUGCCAUCACAGACAACUCUGAGGCUACUGUAGAGGAAAUGCUAGGAGAAAUCACCAGUGUAGCAACAUUGAAAAUAAAACUAGUCAACCCAGUCAGGAGAAGCAACAGUAGUGAUGAUGUGAACAGCCCAGUCAGGAGAAGCAACAGUAGUGAUGAUGUGAAAGAAAAACUCCUACAGCUUCUUUUGACCAAGUCCAAAGAGUUUUUGCUUCAAGCAGGUUGUCCCAUUGAUAAGACUCAACUGGACUCUAUCUUGAUGGGAGAGACCAGCCUAAAUAUUGCUGACCACCUUUGCUCCUCAUUUAAUGAGUGGUUUCUGGGACAGAAGGAGAACACCACAUCUGCCACAACCUCACAUUCCAAGUCAGUCAAGCAGCCUACGCUCUUAGCUCCACCACCAGUCAGGGCAUUGUCUCCUAUGAUCCAAUUCGGCAAGCCUGUCACCACUACAGAGAAAAGGAGCCCACCUUUAACAUCCUCAGUGCCCGACACUCAGGUAUCACCACUGUUGGAAACACAACCACUCUCUUUCGACAUCAAGUCAGAGGAGCCAAUAUUUGUGAAAACAGAGGUGCCAGAUUUUACUAAAGAUGAAUAUGAACUGUCUCUUCGACAAAAUCAUCUCCAGCACAGGAGAGGAGACUCUAUCAGCCCCCAGAUUCACAAGCACUUUUUGGACAAAGUUUCAGAGAAAGGUAAUGCUCGACCUGAACUGUAUAAAAUAAACAGAUCACCGAGUGAAGGUCACCUUCCAUCCUCCCUCCAGCAUCACUCGUCCAACCCUUAUCUUGGGCUAAUGCCAGGCAAAACAAGGAUACGAACUUCUUUUGAUCCUGAACAUGAAAUCCCCAGGUUGCAGAAGUGGUUCAAUGACAACCAGCACCCUACACGGGAGCAGAUGAUGAGGUUUAUGCAGGAGCUCAAUGGUCUUGAGUCAAGAAAAGGCAGACGGCCACUUGAUCUCACUAACAUUAUUUACUGGUUCAAAAAUGCCAGAGCUGCCCAGCGUAGAGCCAGCAAAGUCCUUGAUGACUCAUUUGAAAAUGAGGAAAAUGUUGAUAUGGUUUCUGGUAACUCUGGGAAUGACUGCUUGCCACCAUAUCUCCCUAAUAAAAACGCUGUAUACAUGAUACCAUUUCAUCCAUAUCCUCAUCUCUUGGCUGAUUCUAGAAGUGAUUCUCUGACUGCUGGAGCUAGUAUUGAUGAACCCUAUGACUUGUCCAUUACAAAGCGUCCCUCAUCUGAAUCCAGUAAAGCUCCCCCUAGCCAAGAAAAGAUGGUGAAGUCGAGUUCAUCUGUUUCCCCUUCUAAAUCUUCCCCUGCUUCCUCAGAAAGUGAAGGUCCUGUAGACAAUCUAGGAAAGAAGAAACCUUGUGGCACACCAAGAUUUCCAGCACUUCUUGAUGUGGCAUCCAAAAUGCGCCAAGAAAUCCCAGAUAGACCCAACAAUGCAUACAAUAGUUUAAGUGUCAAUACUCAAAAUGGAGAUAGGAGCUCAACCCCUCCCCUAAGGCCAAGCUGCAAUGGUCCAGAGAGGUCCAACAAGCAUACUGAGAUUACUAAUGGGUUCUCUAGUCCCUCAACACCUGUAGUGAAUGGUGGCAGCAUUGCAGAUCACUUUCUGUCCAGUUUGAAGAUAAAGCAGGAGAAUGGAGAGUAUCUUGCUAGGGAGAAUAACUCUAGUGCCAAAAGGGGCUUUCUUGUGAAUCAUGCAUCUAGAGAACUAGAGCUGGGCCAAGUGAAGACAGAGCAGGAAAGCAAUAGCUACACUGAUGAUGACAAUAGCAAUGAUAGCUACAACUCUGAGGAAGAACUAAAGUUCAGAAUGAAGCAGAGUGCUGCCGUUGUAGACUAUGCUUCUGCUAUCCAUAACAAUGUUUCACGCCUGACUGCAGCCAACAUGGCAGCCCUCUCCCUGGCGCAGAUGGGCCAGUCCUUGCACAUUCCUCAGCUGCCACCAUCUUUGGCUAUGGCUUAUUACCCAAUGGACCCAAGAUUCUAUACUCAGACCAGCGUGCAACAUUCCCUGUCCUCCUCUCCCCCCUCCUCCCUUGCUAGCAACCACUCAGCACAUUUAGCCCAGUUGUCGCUGCAGCAGGGUCAAGAUCCUUCCAGGCACAACAUGGACAACAGCAGCCCCCUUCCCUCACCUUCCUCCCUCCAGCAGUCCCUCAACAAGCUGAACCAUCACCACCACCCGCUCCAUCAGCGCCAGUCACCACAAGAGCACCACCACCGCCAUCAUUCUUCUGAGCCGCGCAAGCGGCGGACUCGUGUCUUCAUUGACCCCCUGACAGAAAUCCCAAAGCUGGAGAAAUGGUUCACUGAAGACACUCACCCAUCAGCAUUCAUGAUAGACAAGUACUGUGAGGAACUGAAUAAGUGUGAAUACAGACACAAGUUCCCAAAGCUGGAGCCCAAAAAUGUCCAGCUUUGGUUCAAAAACCACAGAGCCAAAGUUAAAAGAAUGAAAGUUUCUUACGAUGGCAAUGGCGACCCAGAAGACAAUGUUUGCCUUGACGAUGACAUAGAUGAUUAGACAUAAUGCUCACCAUUUGAACAUUACCUACUUAAAUAUUCACAUACACUCAAGCCAUUGUGUAAGUAGUUCUAGAGCUUUGUGCAUUAUGACAAAUAUGAAAAUAUUUUUUUUUUGGCAAAGACCAUUUCUUCUUUGUUGCCAUAAUUUGUCAAUAUUAUUUUUGUGUCAUAAUAAAUUGUUAUUUAUAAAGUUUUACUUCUUGAUAAGUAAACUUUAUCCUUGAAGCCUAAUAGGGCUAUAUGUGAUUAAUGGUUAAUCAAAUGUUGACUGGUUUAAAAUGUAGCUGAACAUUGAUUGUUUCAGUGUUUUAUUGUUUGUUUGUUGUUUUUAAAUUUUAUUUCCUAACUAUCGAAUGCAUUUUUUUUUUGGAAUCCUAUAAAUGGCAAUGCUACAGUUUAAUCAUAUGGCAACAGAAUAUCUGGCAUAAUGGGAGAUAUUGUCAUCUAUAUUUGGAGCAUCAUAAUUUUACUGAUGUUUUCUUUCAAGAGGUCAUGAUAUAAAUGUUUUAUGAAAGGUCCAUGACCUUAAAGUCCCACAGCUCUAGUCAAACCUCAUUACAAUCAACUCAGAACUUAAUUAGCACUUCUCUUUGGUACAUUUGUAUUGCAUACAAGUCUGCAUCAAAUGUCUCUUAAAGAAACAAAUGCAAGCACUUUAGUUGAAACUGGUUGUAAUGACCUAUGACCUUAGUUAUAAAUAUAUAUGAGUGUAUGUUCUAGUCUUUCUUUAAAUAUUAAUGUUUUUGGGAUUAAUUAUUUUGAAACUGAUGAUAAUUAUGCAUUUUUAUUUAUUGUUGUAAUUUGUUUAUUUUAUCUUCAUUAAAUAUGAUAAUCCAGCAUAGGUCAAUACCUAUUCUUUUUGUUUGAAUUAAGUUGGAUAUUUUAUCCUUAUUACAGAUUGAAAUGACAUCAUCCCAGUGGUUUGCAAUUUUAAAAAUGUCUUAUUCAUUACAAGCCUCCUUUGAAAAAAUAAGUUACCUCUUACCAUCAGUGCAUUUAAAAAUCCUUUCAAAUUAAACUGGUCACAGGUACAUGUUAUGACAUACUGAUUGGAAACCACUGCAUCAAAGUUUAGAAUAGCUAUUUCUUUCUAUUUUUUUUUUAUGUGGAUAUGUUUAGAGUCUAUUGGAGACUUGAGCCCUAAAAGAAAGAAUCCGCCUUGCUCGUGAAUGAAGAAGUGUUACCCUUGUUGUUGCUCUACUGUAGUCCAUAAUUGUUUCACAACGCAAUCAAAACUUUGGAUUUAUUUACAAGGCUUUUAUUUUGUUUCUGUUUUUUUGGAUGCUUUAAAAACAUAUUUGAGACUCUUCUUAUACAUUCUGUUAUCAAAUACUAUGUAUUAUAUUGUUGUUAAACUUGUAAAGUCAUUCAACAUGUGGACUUUGUUAACAUGUUUUUUUUUCUUUUUAGUUUUCUGUAUUCUUUUUUUUUGAAGAAAAUUCAUACGAAAAUUGUACCAUAUUAAUUUAUUGACUUCUUGUAUUAUUCUUUUUUAAAUCAAUAUGUUAAACAGAUAACACGACAUGAGAAAUCCAGUUAUUUUAUGUGUGUGUGUCUGGGGUUAUUUUAAAUAUGCAUUUACUCUUUAUCAAAGUUUUUGUUGAGAUUGUAAAUUAUAUAUACUCUUGACUUGAAUCAUAAUAAUGUCUUAUUGUAAGCAUUCUCUGUUGUUAGCAAAUAAUAUCUUUGUGUCUACAUUCACUGUUGUGAAGUAGUGAUAUAUGUAUGAAUCCAACAUAUAAUAUUUAGACCAUUUUAUCUCCCCCCCCCCCCCCCCCCCCCCAAAUCUUUUUUAAACUCCCAUUGAAAAAAAUGUUUGCAAAUAUGGUGACCUGUUUUUUAUUUGUCUAGCAUUUCGAACCUUUAACCUUGUUCAUUAGUUCAUGACUGAUCCUGUUGUCCGUAAUAAGUAGUAAGUGUUAAAUAGUGACAUAGUAGAUGAUAACCAUUACAUUUUAAAGAGGCUAGAUCAAUGCAAAUGCUUACAAAAUAUUUUUUUUGGUCAGGAUCAUUGGUAGGAAAAUUUUUUUUUUUAUAUAAAUUAAAUAAAUUUGGACAUAAUAUCUACAUAUUCCAUCUGCUAGAAUAAUAUUUACUCCAUAACACUGACAAUUGAGAAUUAGUUAUUCUUUUUCUUUGUUAUUUACAUUUAACUCUUGUUUUCAAGUGCUGGGACAUAAAAUAGUGACAGUCAACAUUCUUUAACAAAACUCAAAAUAAAAACUUUGUUUAUUUGUUUAUCUGAAUUAUUCUUGGUUUUCUUACAAGCUUUUGCAGUGGAGUAGUACAAUCAAUAGGACAAUUGUAACUUUCAUUUAUACAUUUUUUUUAAUGCUACUUGUUAAUAUGUUAGAAGUUUACUUGAUCUUUGAGAAAAUUACAUGUGCAAUAAUAAUCUUAAGGCGAGAGGAAAAGAAUAAAUUGAGUUUGGACUAUAAAGGAAUCAUUGUUUAUUAUUGGGAGAUUUUAUCAGACCCAUAAGAAAGAACAAAUAUAUCCUAACUAAUGAAAAUUAUGUUCUGGCUUUAGGAGAAACAUUUAGUGGUUCACAUUUACUUAGUAAGUAUAAUCCUGCCUGGGGUUUGUGUGGAUAGUUUGACAUUCAUAAAAUGUGCAGUGCCUUCCAUGGGAAGGAAAAUUGUUUUCCCUUAAUUAUUGUAGGAAGUAGACUUGUAGGAAAAUUAAAGUCUCAGUUCACUUCAGGUGCUUGUGAAUGGAAAGAACUGUAAGAGAAUCACUCAUCUAUAGUGAAUCAUUCAAAUCAAAAGUCACUUAGGCCAAGUUUACAGUGACAGAAUUAUGCUUUAGAAUUCACAAGCAUAUAAAAAUGUAAUAAAAAACUUUUUUUUUUUUAAAUGAUGAUCUGUUUAACAAAAAAGUAAUGCAUUAAUGUUGAAAUCAAAUUUGAGUAAAUACAGUCACUUAACCUUUUGGACUUUCAACAAAGAAUUGGGAUUUGACAUUGCAAUGACUUUUUUUUGGUGUGGUUUGGCCUCUGUUCAUCAGAAUUUGUUUUUUCUUUGGCUGUUGUUAUUCAAGUCACUUUGUAUGGAAAUAUCAUUUGAUGAACUCGUAUUGAUUCAUCCUAUGAUAAACAGUGUAGUGAAUGUGGUCAACAAAGUGUCAUUAAAGAUGUUUGAUGAAUAUGUAAUUUAUAUUACAACAGAUUCAAAUGUAAUUGAUGCUGCCAUUUAGAUUUAAUUAGGAAUUAAAUUAAUUUAAAAGAGUAUUUUUUUUAUAGGUUACAUUUCCUUAAAUUAUUUUGUAAGCUCAAUUUUAACUUCAAUAAUCUUAGAGUUGAGUAGAAGUCUACAAAUCUUGAGCUUAUGCCACUUCUAAGACAUUCUCAGCUCACUUACUUCUAGUGUUUUGAGAGAAUAUUCUUCCUAAAGAAAUGAAAGGUGAAUACUGAAUGUCAAUACUUAUCUAAAACACCACAGUGCUUAUCAAACAAACACCACAGUCUAUGCUUAUCAAACAAACACACUACACAAGAUCUAGCCCUUUUUAAUUAAAUUAUUUUUUGUGGUCAUUCAUUUUAUUGUAUGUUGUGUUAGCUCAACAUUUAAAAAUAUUUAGAUUUCCCCUAUACUAUGUGUUAGCUGAGAUGUAGACCUACAUUUACAAUAAGGCUCCCCCCAAUGUUUCAUGUUAGCUGAGAUGUAGACCUACACUUUCAUAACAUUUAGACUCCUCCCAUGUUCUGUUUUAGUCCAUGUUUGACAUCUACAACACUGUUGUCAACUAGUCUAUUCUAUUCUCUGAACAUUUUGUACUGCUACUGAACAAUUUCACCUCAGACAAAAUGCAAUAAUUAAAUUGAAAAGAAAAAAUGAAAUAAAAACUACAGUAUG